ACGUGGGAGAGAAGGGAGGGUUGGGGGAAGUGUGUUGAACCUGAACCAGAGCCGCUGCCGCCUGAAGAUUUGGUGGGAGGAGAAGUGGAGAAGAAGAGACGCGUGGAGGGGGAGGUGAGGAGGGCAUCUGGGUCGCUGCAGCGGCCAGCACAAAGUUCUUCGCGAUGUGGCUGAAGCCUGAGGAAGUGCUCCUGAAAAAUGCGCUGAAGCUGUGGCUGAUGGAAAGGUCCAACGACUACUUCGUGCUGCAGAGGCGUCGGGGCUACCAGGAGGAAGGCGGAGGGGGGCUCACAGGGCUUCUGGUUGGGACUCUUGAUUCAGUCUUCGACUCCACUGCUAAAGUAGCUCCAUUUCGCAUCCUACACCAGACACCAGAUUCUCAAGUUUACCUAUCAAUUGCAUGUGGAGCCAACAGAGAAGAAAUAAACAAACAUUGGGAUUGGCUGGAACAAAAUAUCAUGAAGACUUUAUCUGUGUUUGAUUCAAAUGAAGAUAUUACUAAUUUUGUACAAGGAAAGAUAAGAGGAUUAAUUGCUGAAGAGGGAAAACAUUCUUUUGCAAAAGAAGAUGAUCCUGAGAAAUUUCGAGAAGCCCUACUGAAAUUUGAAAAAUGUUUUGGUUUACCAGAGCAGGAGAAGUUAGUCACCUAUUACUCAUGCAGUUAUUGGAAAGGACGGGUUCCUUGUCAGGGUUGGCUCUAUCUUAGCACCAACUUUUUGAGCUUCUACUCUUUUUUGUUGGGAUCAGAAAUAAAACUCAUUAUCUCUUGGGAUGCAGUCUCAAAACUUGAGAAGACUUCAAAUGUCAUACUGACUGAGAGUAUUCAUGUGUGUGCCCAAGGGGAGAAUCACUACUUUUCAAUGUUCCUGCAUAUUAACCAAACAUACCUUCUUAUGGAACAGCUGGCAAGCUAUGCUAUAAGGAGACUUUUUGAUAAGGAAACUUUUGAUAAUGACCCAAUCCUUGAUGAUCCUCGGCAAAUUACCAAAAGAGGUUUGGAAAACCGAGCCCACAGUGAGCAAUUUAAUGCUUUCUUUAGGCUGCCAAAAGAAGAGACUUUGAAAGAAGUACAUGAAUGUUUCUUGUGGGUACCAUUCAGCCACUUCAAUACUCAUGGGAAAAUGUGUAUCUCAGAAAACUAUAUCUGUUUUGCUAGCCAGGAUGGCAAUCUGUGUAGUGUAAUCAUUCCAUUACGAGAGGUCUUAGCUAUAGAUAAAACAAAUGAUUCCAGCAAAUCUGUCAUCAUCAGCAUCAAAGGAAAAACGGCUUUUCGCUUCAGUGAAGUUAAAGACUUUGAGCGACUGGUGGCAGUACUUGGGCAGAAGUGCAAGACAACUUCAGCUCAAAAUCAUGAUAUUAGCACAGAGGUUCCUAUUAGUUCUGAUUCUGCAGGCCCAUCUGAUAAUAUUGAGAUACAGUCUUUGACAUGUCAGAGAGACUGCAGUAAAACUGUGAACACUGAAGCCUUAAUGAUGGUAUAUCACCCUCAGAAUUUGGAGGACCUUAAUUCCAAAAUGUUGAAAGAAAAGAUGAAGGAACAGUCCUGGAACAUCCUAUUUGCAGAAUGUGGGCGUGGCGUUAGCAUGUUUCGGACCAAAAAGACUAGAGAUCUGGUUGUCAGAGGGAUUCCAGAGACUUUAAGAGGAGAGCUGUGGAUGCUUUUUUCAGGUGCUGUUAAUGACAUGGCUGCUAACCCUGGCUAUUAUGCUGAGGUGGUUGAAAAGUCCUUGGGGACCUGUAACUUGGCUACUGAGGAAAUUGAACGUGAUUUGCGUCGCUCCCUGCCUGAGCACCCAGCUUUUCAGAGUGACACUGGCAUAUCUGCUCUGAGGCGGGUACUCACAGCUUACGCAUAUAGGAAUCCCAAAAUUGGGUAUUGCCAGGCAAUGAACAUUUUGACAUCAGUGUUGCUGCUGUAUGCAAAAGAGGAAGAAGCUUUUUGGCUUCUGGUUGCUGUAUGUGAACGAAUGUUGCCUGAUUAUUUUAAUCGUCGAAUUAUUGGUGCCUUGGUGGAUCAGGCAGUCUUUGAAGAACUUAUCAGGGACCACCUUCCCCAGCUAGCAGAGCACAUGACUGAUAUGACAUUCUUUUCCUCAGUUUCUCUUUCAUGGUUCCUCACACUUUUUAUUAGUGUACUUCCUAUUGAAAGUGCAGUCAAUGUGGUGGACUGUUUCUUCUAUGAUGGAAUAAAGGCCAUUUUGCAACUGGGACUGGCAAUACUUGACUAUAAUUUAGACAGACUGCUGACAUGUAGAGAUGAUGCUGAAGCUGUGACAGCUUUAAACAGGUUCUUUGACAAUGUCACUAAUAAGGACAGUCCAUUGCCUUCAAGUGUUCAGCAGGGGUUAAACGUGGGUGAUGAAAAAAGCACUCAUAUUAAAGUGGAUAUUACAGAUUUGAUUAGAGAGUCAAAUGAGAAAUAUGGUAAUAUUCGUUAUGAAGAUAUACACAACAUGCGCUGUCGAAAUAGGUUGUAUGUGAUACAAACCCUAGAGGAAACGACAAAGCAGAAUGUGCUGCGUGUUGUAUCGCAAGAUGUGAAAUUGAGCCUUCAUGAAUUGGAUGAACUUUUUGUCAUGUUUAAGAAAGAGCUGUUUUUUUCUUAUUAUUGGUGUUCAAGUCGUCCAGUAUUGAUGCAGCAUGACCCUAGUCUGCCGUAUUUGGAACAGUAUCAGAUUGACUGCCAGCAGUUCAGAGUUUUGUAUCACUUGUUGAGUCCUUGGGCUCAUUCUGCAAACAGAGACUCGCUAGCUUUAUGGACAUUCAGAUUGUUGGAUGAAAACUCUGACUACCUUAUAAACUUCAAAGAAUUCUCCUCUGCAAUUGAUAUAAUGUACAAUGGAAGUUUCACUGAGAAGCUUAAACUGCUUUUUAAGCUGCAUAUUCCUCCAGCUUAUACUGAAGUGAAAUCUAACGACCCAUCAAACAGAGAUGAACUUUCCCAGGAAGAAUUACUUCAUUUCAGUCAACUCCAUGUUUCCAAGCCUGCAAAAGAGAACGAAGCAGAAUUAAUGAAAAGCAGCCCAGAAAAAGGUAAAGGAAAAGUUGAUAUUCAAGCAUAUCUAAGUCAAUGGCAAGAUGAGCUUUUCAAGAAAGAAGAAAACAUUAAGGAUUUACCAAGAAUGAAUCAGUCACAAUUUAUUCAGUUUUCAAAGACCCUGUAUAACUUAUUUCAUGGAGACCCUGAAGAAGAGUCAUUAUAUCAAGCCAUUGCUGUUGUAACAAGCCUUUUGCUCAGGAUGGAAGAAGUUGGAAGGAAGCUGCAUAGCCCUAAAUCACCAGACAGAGAAGUGUCUGCUAUAGGCUCCGCCUCUGGAGGACCCAGUGAGGGGGAACGGGAGAGCCACUCACAGAAACAUCCUUCCUUUCUCAAGGAAGAACCUCAGUGGUCAUUUGCAUUUGAACAGAUUCUUGCCUCUUUGUUGAAUGAACCUGCAUUGGUGAGGUUUUUUGAGAAACCCAUUGAUGUGAAGGCCAAACUAGAAAAUGCCAAAACCUCUCAAUUAAGCUUUAGCACCAAGAUGUAAAUCUCUUGAAAGAAAUUGGGGAUCUUAGACAAUUUACCAAGAUUCCUAUAGCUGUUAGCUAAAUUCUUGGGAGUAGGAAUUACCUUGUUACUAAUAUGUUUGAAGGUUUGGAAGCACAAUGAUUCAUUCCUUUGUGGUAAACUACAAUUUUUAUAUUCUCCAAUACGAAGGUACUUUUUAUAUUUCAUAAGAUAUACAGUAUCGUGCUAAAACUUACCACCAGAGGUCACCCUCACAUUUAGAAAUAAUACUAGUUUGUGCUGCUAUUUACAUAUGAAUUACUGAUGAUUUUGAAAAUGUGGUAUUGUUUAUUAGUGACACUAGUAUGUCAUAUUGAUAAACCCUGUUUUCAGAUUUGCAUCAGUUCUAUUAGAAUACUUUAGAAGACCAGGCUUUUAGGUCUGUAGCCUUAAUUAUCUACAAGAUUACCUACCAUACGGAGGCCUCCUUUUUCAAGUUAUUUAACAGAAUACUACCCUUUUAAAGUGAAUCUCACUCAGUCUUCUAAUAAUAAAUAGUUUCUAAGUAACUUACACAUUCUCCCUGAGUGGUUCAGAAGCUAAAACACACUCCUAAAAUAAUUCAAAACUCUGUGCUGACAUAUAAGGAAAAAUAGUAUUGGAUUUAGAUUUAAUCUGGAUAAAGCUAGCCUUUUCAGAGGGGUUAAAAAAAGCAGUUCAGUUAACUGUGUAUAGGUCUCUCACUACAUUGAUAAAUUACUUGAAAUUCUGAGCACUGCCUUUUGUGGCAUUUGUCUCAGAGUAGCUUAUGACUGCUUUAAUUCUAGUUUUAGAUUUUGGAUUUUUCAUCAGUCAUGCUUAAUUUACAUUAGACUGAAUUACUGUGUUAGUCUCACAAGUCCAUAGUGAGACUUGUGUGUAGUAAUUAUUAAGGUAUAGAAUUGCUGGUGUCUAUCUAAAAAGCUUUGACUAUCUGAUUUAGAGGUAACUUCUGUAUACUUCAUGCUGCUUAUAUUUCAACCAUUGCAUUGAAAGUGCAUUUAGAGAUAAUGGGCUUUGUUAGCACUUUAAAGACUAAAACACAAGCAAACCACAACCCAUCCAAUCUCUGUGCUUUUUCUGACAAAAGCAGUUUAUUAGUCAGUUGACUUAGGAAGUUGUGAGGAGAGCUCACAUGUAUACGCUUCUUUCUUUACAAAUGACUGCUAUUAAGCCCUUUAGCUUGUAACAUGUGAAGUAAUAAAAGGGCAGACAUCCCUUAGAGUGACCCAAGAAGUCACCAGGAGACUUCUGUACCAUAGAAUAUGUUAUUUUCAGAGAGUCAAGAAGUUUGAAGUUGACCCUUUGAAAGUAUUACAACUUAGGUUGAUCAAACACUUAAUGGUAAUGUCUUUAAAUGGUUUGGUCAACCUUGGCUUUUUUGGGAGAUAUCCAUUUAAAGAAGAGUUGGUAAAUAAGCAUCAAUGUCUUUCUUAGAAAUGUUUUGCUGAAACAUGUCUACAUUUUAGAGUUCAGUUAAUAAUUUAUAUGUAAACUAUCACAUCUGCUAUUGUGCAAUGAUUGUCAGGUUAUACUAUGAUAGCUCUAGAAAGAUACUAGGUACUCUAUACUGAUAUACAGAGGUACUCUUGCACAUACUUUGUUAAAUAUUUUGUCAAUUGUAUGUACAGAAAAGAUUCUUAAGAACAUAUAUGUUCUUAAUAUUUCAUAUGAUUUUCAGGUCAGAAUAUUGAAGAGCACUUAGUAUUGUAUUUUAGUCUAGAUUAAUAAAAAUGGAAUAUUUAAAUUUAUAAGUGCAAGUUAAAAAGAUAUUUUCGGAGUCUGCAGGAGAAAUAAACUGAACACAUAGUUUUAUAGUUGCUCUCUUAUUAAGCAAGCAGUUUGUUAAUACUAAAAAUCUUAUUUAGUUGUGUCAAACCGAACCACUGUAUUUUACCUUAUACAUUAAAAUGUUAUAAGGUGACUUUGUCUUUAUAAAAAUAGUAUUAUAAAUAUAUUGUAUUAGACAUGAAAAUGGUUACACAAAGCUACUACUAUUUGUUAUAACAAAUUUUUAUUUACACUUAAUGCAGUUAUCACUUGAGGACUUCCCUUAUAUUAGUUAAGGUACAGUUACAGAAAACAGAAUUUACUAUAAUUAGUUUAGGCAGGAAAAGAUUUAUUAACCAGACAUUAAGUAGCUUAAAGAAUUACCAACAGGACUGACUUUAAGUUGAGCAUUCAAGAACAACUUGCAAAGCUAUACCACAGAACCAGGCCACCAAGGGAGUUGCUAAUUCUUCUAUAGUUAGGAAGCUGCUACUUCCUGCUACCAUGAUGAAAAGUCAAUAUUACAGCUGCUACCCCAGAACCAUGCUCCACCGUCUAUGAUUUACACCAGCAAAAUAACUGCCAAGCAUCCUGCCUCUCAGCACCAACAAGCAGUUAGCACAAUUAACUUCCUUAUACUUGUGGGUCUGGUGACCCCAGCUUCUUUUCUAGGAGUUGGUUUUCUAGGAGAUGCUUCUGCUUGGAAUGUCUCAGUCGCUAGCAGGGCAGGAGGGAAAGUGACACUCUGGUGGUGGUGGCAAACCCUCAUGUCAACCUUGGCUCUGAGAUAAGAUGCCUGGACUGCUCCUUUUAGUAGGAAAUUCGACGGUUCAAAAAAAUCUUUCUGUGCUUUUAUUAGCCAGAAUCUGUUUCUUUGGCAGUUUUAAAAACUUGAUACAUGUGACAUUGGGACCCUGUAGCAAGCUAAGAAAAGCAAAUUUUUCCCAUAGCACCAUUCCUAGGCUUAAAUCAUUGGCAGAAAAGCGUUCCAUUCACAUACUGUAGCACCUAUUUCUUCCAUCAGAUCUGCAUCUUUCCCCCCAUCCUUAAAACAUCAAGCAUUAGAUGUCCUGGCUUCCAAAUUCUGCCUGCAGGUAAUGGCUUUUAUUUUUUCCGUUUAUUUUUUAAAAUUUUCCCCACUACCUAGCCACCCUGUGGGUAUGUAAUGUCAUCUCACUGUGGUUUUGAUUAUUUACAUCCUAUAUGUCGUAUGAUGUUGAACAUCUUUCUAUAUUCCUCAGUUGGUCUCAUCCAGUUGAGACACAGUGGUCACUGAAAGUAGGGUAUUCGUCUGACUCUAUGGCCUGAAGAGAUGACUGAACUUGUUUCAAUAAGAUCCUCCUUUUUUCAAUAAGAUCCUUGAAGCUUCUAAUGGUCUUCUGUAAUAUUUGAGUAGCCAUCAUUCUUUCCACACUGCCACACCAACACAGCAUCUUAUGUAGCUGGGUAAUGACUUCCCUAGAGCCUGUCAGAGUUAGACUGGGCGACCCUAGGGCCUACCGGUAUGGUUUGUAGUGGCCACUACCACCCUGCCUUCAGGUCAUGAGAAGGGGUAGAGAGGUUCUGCCGCUUUUGGGUCUGGCCAGUGGCAGACAUGGAGAGAGUUCUAGGUUUCUGUAGGGUUGCAGUGUUUCCCAACUCCCCUGCCUACCAAGUUUACCCAUCCAGUUUUUGCUGCCCAUUCUUGUCUUUAUACUAUCUUUUUGAAAUCCAUAUAAUUCACACAGAAAACCUCAACUUAGUCUAGCCACAUUUCAAGUCCCUAAUCAUAAUGUGAAUAGUCACUAUAUUGGACACGUUGGCUAUAGCAUUACCAAUUUUUACCUUGUUCUGUUAUUUAUAGAAGUGAUAAAAUUGUCUUACGACUAUGGAUGUGUCUACUUUUAUUUCUACUAAGUUUUGCUUAAAGUUUUUUGGCUUUCGGGUAUUGUCUACUUCACAAUAAAAAAUCUCU